AUGGAAAUAUUAUUCAGAUCAGUGGCAACCUUAUGUAACCAAAGUCGAGAUCAUGCAGCUGGCCCGCAGACACUAACUUUAGAUUUUCAUUUUUCGGACCGGAGCACGGCUGGACCAAGUCGAGGUAGCAGAAUAGCUCAGUCGACACAUUCUACAUUUUCUUCGAAACAGAACAUACCAAAAAUAGGUCUUUUGCCACAUGAGCGACUUUUACGAGAGAAUAAACCAGUUCCCAACAGUAUAUCGAGUGUAUCUUCAGCAGAAAAUGAACUAACUAGGUCAUCUCCAAAUUGCUUUCCACAGUUCACAUUACAUGGUAGUGAUUUCCCACGGUUAAGGAAAUCAACACAAAUUUCCGAAGCUUCUAAUUCAUCACAAGAUAACAAGAUUGUCGUAGAACCUCAGAGAUUAAUCACUGAGAAUAGUGCCAAAAAUGCAUCAAAUCCUAGCGAGCCAAACGGUGUUUCUUCGAGAUCAUGGUUUAUUGAUGAUGACGAACAGUUCCCUUCUCAUCGGCAACAUCCAGGUACUUUAAAUAAACAGCAAGCCCAGAACAGAGAGAUGGGGAAUUUCGCGAAAGAUAGAGAUGUUAAAACUAGUUCAGAGACAACAGCGAUCGAAUUAUCGUGGUGUAAAGCAAUGAAAAAACCGAUGUCCUUAAGUAAUGUAGCAUCCGCACUAGCACCGAGCGAUUUCCCAAGUUUAUCUGCAUCUGCAGUAGCAAAACCUGUGAGCAAUUUAUUGCCUGGAUCAGUGUGGGCUAAAAAGUGUCGAUCUGUUAUGCAGACACCUUCAGGACAAAUGAAUUUGUCUUCAUCAACUUCUACUGCUGGUAAUAUCUCACGAAAAAAUAAGCAGCUACCUCUGCCAGAUCUUUGGCCUCAAGAAUCUGUUCCUGAAAGAUGGGAGGAUCGGGAAGACUCUUCUACAUUGGAGUCGCUCUCGAAAAUGACUUUGGAAGACAUGGUUGUUGUCAAGGAUACGUCAGCCAAGUGUAAAAAGACUAAGAACAAACAGCAGCAUAAUUUUGUUAAGAAACUGAAUAACCAAUUUUCAGAAGGGAGAAAAACGAAGGUGGAAGACAAGAUAGUUGAUGAAUUCGUUGAUCCUUUUCCAUCUCUUCCUUCUCACGCUCGUCAUGAAAGUGAAGCUGAAGAAGCAUGUGCGACAAAACCAUCAUUCAAUUUAUCAGAGUUAUUGUCAUCAGCCUUCUCAGUUCCUAGUAACAUUAAAAAAGAGGAUAAAAAUGAGGCUGCAGAGACGACUGCUAUAGAUCCUGUAAAUGAAGCAACGAAUGAUGCAUCAUCGUUUAAGGCUUUUUCGGAACUUGGUGAAAGAUCAAAAGGGAAAAUCUCUAACAAACAAUCAGAAAUUAUUGAAAAAUAUCUUCCAGCCGGUUUUGGCUCACCUCCCGGAUUAUGCUCCAUGAAUUUGGCACCUCCUCCUGGCUUUGGUCCACCACCAGGUUUUGAUAAUACAUUGUGUCCAAAAAUGCAAACUUCAUUAAGUGAUGUGGUAAAAUCAUCUGAUGAAAAUGUAAACGUGAGUGUUUCAAAGGCAGUAAAGCAUGGUAAUAAGAAGAAAGGCAAGAAGUGACGGAUAGGUAUACGGA